AUGGUAUACUUUUAUUCAUCAUUCAUGCUAUCGAUUAUGUUCUUAACGGUUCUCAACACAGUCUCUGCGCUCUCAUCCGAGGCUAACAUCCCUUAUAAGCAUAUCAUGUCUUGUAUGGCAACCAAAGACUUUGCAAAAAUUGGCGUUAGUUUUCGGAUUAAGUUUAUGACAUUUGCUGAGAAAUUGUUUUUAGUGUUGAUUUCUGUGAAUUAUUCGCUAUCGAGUGAAUUGCAAACACUGUAUGAUUACUACACAAACGGUGGCAUCAAAUCAGGUCUGAAGGGAGACAACAGUCACUUCACUUUAAAUGGCAAAGAGAUCACUAUAUUUAGCGGUUCUUUCCAUUACUUUCGCGUCCAUCAAAACAAUUGGCGACCAAUACUUCGCAAGUUUAAGGCGGCGGGACUUAACGCUGUUCAAUUUUACUCGCCAUGGAAUCUACACGAGGAAACUCCGGAUAAGUUUGACUUUGAAACGGGUCUCUUGAAUAUAAGUGACUUUCUGAUGGCUAUCAAAGAGAUGGAUAUGUUUGCGAUGUAUAGACCCGGACCUUAUAUAUGCGCCGAAUGGGAGUUCGGAGGACUUCCCGCUUGGCUUCUGAGAGAUCCCAAUAUGAAAGUCAGAUCCAGUUAUAAGCCAUUUAUAGAUGCGGUCGACAGGUAUUGGAAGCGCUUGUUUGCUGUCGUCCAAGACUUUCAGUUCACUACAAAAGGCGGACCAAUAAUUGCCGUACAGAUUGAGAACGAGUUCGGAUCGUUUGGAAAUACAGCCAAACAUAUCCACGACUCUAAUUACAUGAAGUACUUAGGAAUCAUUGCCCGAAACCACGGCAUCAAAGAGCUAUUGUUCACAUCGGAUGGCCCGGGAAGACACGGAUCACUCGACGAAUAUCUCUAUACAAUUAAUUUCAACUCAAACACGUUAAAACAUUUGCGAGAUAUGAGCGUUUGGCGACCAAAUCAGGCGCUAUAUGUGGCCGAGUAUUGGAGCGGUUGGUUCGACUCCUGGGGCUCCAAACAUAGCACCCAAAGUGUCGACUAUUAUGGCCAACAAUUGGAUGCAAUGAUAUUACAGAUGAACUCGUCGUUCAACGCAUAUAUGUUUAUCGGAGGCACUAAUUUUGGGUUCACUGCCGGCAAUGUCGGCAAAGUAGUGAACGGCACAAUUACGGCCAGUUUUAUCACCAGUUAUGACUAUAACGCACCGCUCGAUGAGUCCGGAAAUUAUACCGAUAAGUAUUGGAAAACUAAAGAAUUGAUUGACAAGUUUAACGUUGAAAGAAAUGUACCAAAACUGUCCACAUAUUCGCCACCAAAAGUUACUAGAGCGAUUGGUUAUGGUGUGAUUAAAAUGAGCGAACAAUUGUCACUUGCUCAUAUUUUGCCACGUGUUAAAUUUUAUUCAUCUAAAACUCCAAUCUCGAUGGAAAAUCUAAAUAUCGGCACUAAUUAUGGCCAAAAUGUUGGCUUUACUCUCUAUAGAACCGCUAUAUCUGAGAGCAAAACAAUUAAAUUUACUAAAGGCAGAGUCAAUGAUAGGGCAGCUUUGAUGGUUGACAACAGGCAAAUAGGUUUUGUAAUCGCAAAGAAUAGUGCAUUUAAUCACACGAUUCCCGACCAUGUAUUUGAUCACAAGAAACAAAUGGUAUAUAAUUUAGAUAUUUUGGUCGAGAAUAUGGGAAGAAUUGGUUUUGGAAACUAUAUCACAGAUAACAGGAUUCAGAGGAAGGGCUUGAAUGAAGACAUACUGAUCGACAAUAGGCCGCAACACAAUUGGCAAAUAUAUCCGUUUGAAAUGAAAACACAUUUUAUCAAUGGACUGAGAAAUGAGACGUGGAGUCAGAUUGAAGAGUACAAGAGUCCCACGUUUUACAGGAGUCAUCUCCGGAUAGACGACACGCCCGAAGACACGUAUAUAAAACUGCAUCACUGGACCACUUCCACGGUAUUCAUCAAUGGUUUCAAUUUAGGCCGCUAUGCGAGUGUCGGGCCGGCACUCACUCUAUACGUGCCCUCACAUGUACUCCAUAGGGGUGUCAAUGAGAUCAUUAUUUUUGAAACUCAGAAAAACGGACAAAUUGUUGAAUUCAUUGAUCAUCCGAUUCUCGGAUACAAUAAUUUACAGUUAACGUGUAUUCGAGUAAUAAUCCAAUUCAUUGGGUUUACUGGCGAUUCGGGCGGAUGCGAGCGCUACCCAAUAAGUCUCUUUCUUGGAGGCGCUUCUUCGUAUAUUGUCGGGCUCUCCCGGCAGUUCAUUGACCACAACCUCCGACUCACCCUUUUUGGGACCCUUUAUAUACACUUUAACCACUUGUCGGGCGACAAACUCUGCGUACAAAAUGGCUUUUCUGUCGUCAGUUAUUUCCAUACCGUUUGGAAAUAA